GGCGCCGCGGAGCCGCUGCCCGGGCCGGGGCCAGGGCCGGGGCCGGGGCCCGGCGGGCAGCAUGCGGCAGGCCCUGACUCAGCAGCGGCCGGGCGGCAUCGCCCUGCCCGACUCCGUGGGGUCGUUCAAUAGAAGAAAAAGAAAUUCCCUCUACGUAACUGUGACUCUCCUCAUUGUGUCAGUAUUAAUUCUAACGGUGGGCCUAGCUGCUACAACAAGAACCCAAAAUGUGACUGUUGGAGGUUAUUACCCAGGGGUUAUUCUUGGUUUUGGGUCGUUUCUUGGAAUAAUUGGAUCAAACUUGAUAGAAAACAAAAGGCAAAUGCUGGUCGCAUCGAUUGUCUUCAUCAGCUUUGGUGUCAUUGCUGCGUUCUGCUGUGCCAUAGUAGAUGGCGUCUUUGCUGCCAGACACAUAGAUCUGCGGCCGCUGUAUGCAGGACGAUGCCAGUACUACUCCAAGAGCACCACGCCGCCAGAGGCAAUCUGUCAUCCACAACGCCGUGCACCCUGCACACCGAAAAUAAAAACCAACACCUGCUUCUGUUGUGACCUGUACAACUGUGGGAACAGAGUAGAGAUUUCUGGAGGCUACUAUGAAUACAUUGAUGUCAGCAGCUGCCAGGACAUCAUUCACCUUUACCACUUGCUUUGGUCGGCAACAAUUUUGAACAUAGUGGGGCUAUUCCUAGGGAUCAUUACAGCAGCGAUACUUGGAGGCUUUAAAGACAUGACUCCUUCCCUCCCUACGCUGAACUGCACGGUUGAAAAUGCACAUCCUACGGUGUCCUAUUACUCGAGGCCACAGGUGACAUCUUACAACACCUACUACCACAGCACUCCUCACCUGCCUCCGUACUCCGCGUAUGACUUUCAGCAUUCCAGCAUGUUUCCAGCCUCCACUCCUUCUGGCCUCUCCGAUGACCCCCAGUCAGUGUCACCUUCUCCCAGCUAUAUGUGGUCUUCCAAUGCACCUCCUCGUUACUCCCCACCGUAUUUUCCACCUUUUGAAAAGCCACCACCUUAUACGCCAUAAAGAAUGUGGGAGAGAAGAAAUACUUGCCAUUGAAAUAAUUGUGAACAUUUUGUAUUUAUAUUUUACUGUGGGAGGAAGUAGGAGGAUAGAAACAGAAGAUAAUUGCAAAUAUGACUAGUUGAUCAGACUGUUAUUUCAUGCAAGACUUAUUUCAGAGGUUUAUCAAUGAGGUGUGAGGAAGGGGAUGUAUUGCGGAUGUUUUGCAGUGGUGGUGAGUAGCAGGGGACCUAAAUUCCAGCCUCCUCAUUUUCCAGUGAGGUUCAUAUAGUCAUUGGUUUUUAAUAGUGAUACGGCACGUAUGUUAGAUUCUGGUCUGCCUUACUCCAUCUUGAGCCAAGCUGAAGUAAGAGUAGCCAGGACCAACAGCUGCCCAAGAAUAUCUAUCUGUUCAAGGUGAGUGUGCUUGCAGACAGGUCAGCUUGAUGCUUGUUUUGUUUGGUCUUUGGUCUCCAGUUGUUGGGAUUUUGUGGGGCCACAGAACCUAGCUCAUGUCACUUGUUGAUUACAGUCUGUGUAAUGGAAAUCCUCGUGAGGAGCCACGACAGUGUCUCUUAACACUAAAACUAAUGAAUAGAGGUAACUUCAUAGGGUAUUUUCAUAUUUGUCUAGCAGAACAACUGGAAUAUUGCUUUUUUGACAGGAGAAACUUUAAUAAGCUUUAUUAGCUGGUUUAUUUUGGGUUACUUAAGAUAAAAGGUGAAAUGCAGUUGUUUGUCUCUGAAUUCUGUAUAUGUAAUGCUGAAAUCAAACAGUUUGGGUGGUUGCACUGCCUAAAUCUUCCUUGUAUUCCUAAAAAGAGCAUCAGGAACUAUCCACAAGUCACUGAAACAGUGCAGUGAAAACUUUUUUUUUUCCCUUCUGUUUGGUUGGGAAUUUUUUUUAAGCUUCUAAUUUUAACUUUUUUAACGAGUUGAAUCAGCACCCUGAAUAAGCACCGUUUUAGUAGCUGUAUUACAGGCUGCACAUAAGGAAUUUCCACUACUAGUUCUCCAAGAUGUCUCACAUGGAUAAAAUUCAACACCAUGUAAUAUAGGAUGAAGCUGAUAGGAAUUUACAAUUAUUGUCGUGACUUUCAUUUAGUCUUCAGCUGAUGACUGUGCUGAUUGAUCUAGAUUCCAACAGAUUUUGCAUGCAUCCUGCAUAACAAAAGAAGGUCAGCUUUGUUAUGGGAUACAAUAAUGUCCUGUAAAGUGUGGUUCUACUCCAGGAAGUGACUUCAGAUGACAGCUUUUAGAUCUGAGCUGCUCAACCUGAGCAUUCUCAACUGCUUGCUUCAGAGGUUUAAAAAAAAAAAAAAAGGUAUUGACAUCUUAUUCCUUAUUUCCUAAAGAUUUGAUUUCCUUUGCACCAAACUGUUGAUCCUAUUCUUAAGUGGUCUACAUGACCUUCAAUUUGAUGCAGACAGAAAGGUACCAGAAAGCUAAAUCUGGCAUGCAGAAUCUGGAAGUGGUAUACAUGCUAGGGAAAGAAAACAACAGCUAGAAUUUAAACUGUAGCAUUUCUCUGCUCUUAAGCUAAAAAAAUUGAAAUACUGUCAAAAUGGAAAAUAAAUGCUGAAGUCCCUGAUCUCACUUUUCAAAGUAUACCCACACUUUAUAAUGCUGUUUUUACUACUAUGCAUUUGCAAAGCCUUUAGGCUCGGCUGCGUGUUAACCUUAUCAUUCCACUGUCAAACACUAGUCAAUAUAUCAGUAAGUUAAAGUAUGACACCUUUUAUCCAGAAGCAAACAUGUACCUCUUCUCCAGCAACAAAGAAAAAUAAAUAGCUGGAGAAAGCAAUACAGCUCUUGGGAUUUAAAGCAGUAGUGUAUGCAGAACAUUUCCUGGUGACAUUUUAUUUUACUGAGAUCGUUGAAGUGCAGCUCCUGUAAAUUUGCAUAUUGAAAAUAAAUUUGCAUACUAGGGCUUCAUCCAUUUUAUAUUACAUUUUUGUGAACGAAAUAUUGUUAAAGAGAUUCGUGUGCAAUUUCCAAAUAGGCAGUACCUCUGAUAAAACUCCCCACAAACCUAGAAUUUGAAGGACACAAAUUUAAUAUCAGAAAACUUUUUAUUGCUGCAUCCUUGAAAUGGAAGCUAACAGUCCUGUCCCACUUUCAACAAACGUACUAUACCAUUUGUGCCUGUCUACUAAAUAGGGCUAGAAGGACUAGGGGGCACUACAGGACAGGACUAAGAAAACUCUUGAGGGGAGCACAACUUAGUGGCAGAGAAACAAUAAGGAAAUGAUGGUGUCAUUGGUUUCGACUUGACAGAUAUACCAAACUUAGGAAAUUAUCCAAAUUCUUGUUUUUUAAGGAACUCUAAGGAAUAUUUAAGCAAAAAUUACAUUGCUGCUUUAAAUUCACUGUAAAAGGAUAAGGCCAUUGUCACAUUUAUAAAAAAAAAAAUAAAAUAAAAAAAAUAAAAAAAAAUUACCAGUUGGAUUUUUCUGUUGAACUACCCACUACCUUCUGCUUGAGUAAAACUAAGUGUUUAAUGUAAAUGCAACAUUCUGCACUGUAUUCAUUAUUUCUUAUGCAAACGUAAACUUGUGACUCAUAUGUACCCUUUUAUUACUUUACCAAAGUUAAAUAAAAUUGUGUGAUUUUUGUAAA